AUGUCACCCCGAGUUCUCGUGCUCCUCCUGGGCUUGAGCAUGCUCCUCCAGUCGAGGGUUGAAGGACCUCAGUCCGAGUCAGAGAAGGAAACCUCUGGCAGUAGUGACGGCUUUGCCAGUCACAAGCCACAGGAUGCCACAAAGAAGCCCUUCACUAAAGGAGGAAAGCCUGCUGGUACUGGCCACGGGACUGCCACAGGCCCAGGAGCCUCUCAGGUCCUGGAGACUAUACUGAGCAACUCUGACUACAAACUGCGCCCAGGCAUUGGUGAGAAGCCCACUGUGGUCACUGUCCAGUUCUCAGUUAACACCUUUGAGCCUCUCUCUACCCUGGACGUGGAAUACACCAUUGACCUGCUUUUCUCUCAGACCUGGUAUGACGAACGCCUCCGCUACAAUGACUCCUUUGAGACCUUUGUUCUGAACAGCAAUGUGGUGAGCCGGUUAUGGAUCCCAGACACCUUUUUUAGGAAUUCUAAGAAGACCCCAGAGCACACGAUCACCAUGCCAAGCCAGAUGGUUCGCAUCCACAGGGAUGGCAAGGUGCUGUACACCAUGAGGAUGACCAUUGAUGCUGGAUGUGCACUGCAUAUGCCCAGAUUUCCAAUGGAUUCUCACUCUUGUCCUCUGUCUUUCUCUAGCUAUUCCUAUCCUGUGAGUGAGAUGAUCUACAAGUGGGACCAUUUCAAGCUUGAAAUCAGUAAGGACAACUCCUGGAAGCUCUUCCAGUUUGAGUUUAAGGGAAUGGGCAACAAGACUGAAAUUCUCUCAACCGCUGAUGGUGAUUUCAUGGUCCUGACCUUUUCCUUCAACGUCAGCCGGCAGUUUGGCUAUGUCGCCAUUCAGAACUAUGUCCCUUCCUCUGUGACCACCGUGCUCUCCUGGGUUUCCUUUUGGAUCAAGAUCGAUGUGGCUGCUGCUAGGACCUCUCUAGGGAUCUCCUCUGUGCUUACCAUGACCAGUUUGGGCACCUUUUCACGUGUCUCCCAUAUCACAGCCCUGGACUUCUAUCUGGCCAUCUGCCUUAUCUUCUGCUUCUGUGCGCUGACUGAGUUUGCUGUGCUCAACUUCCUGACCUACCACCAGAUGACAUUCUACCGGCCUCCGAAUGUCCGCCAUUUUCGUCGCCGGACUCGAGCUCGUGCCCGUGCCCGAGCCCGUGCCCGAGCCCGUGCGCGUGCCCGUGCCCGUGCCCGUGCCCGUGCUGAGCAGCUUCAGGAAGCUUUUAUCUACACCAUCGUCAACCUGGAGGGAAAUUAUGAGGAGUGGCAGAUCCCCGCCGCAGGUGGUCCCCAGCGGGUGAAGCCUAUCUGCAGCAAGAGACGCACAGGUUGCAAGAAAUAUUUUUGCAUGAUCCCCAAUUGCAAGGGUAGCACCUGGCAGGAAGGCCACCUGUGCAUCCACGUGGGCCGUCUGGAUGACUACUCACGGCUGCUUUGCCCACUGGCCUUCUUCUGCAAUGUGCUCUACUGGGUUUUUUGCCUGUGCUGGUAG